AUGCGAUCUCUCUCUCUCUCUCUCGUUCAAAAACAGAAAUUAUGGAAACUCUUCUUGGAUUUGGGGUGUUUGGCUUGCAUAGUUCCGAGCUGAUUACAAACCCAUCAUCUCCACUUCCCAACAGAAUAUCUCCAUUCCAUCAUCUUCAAAGAGUUCCAAGGAAAUCUCCAAGAGUUUCAGCCUCCAGAAGCUCUCUUUCUGGAAGUGAACUUGCAGGAGAUGACAUUAUACAAAUAUUUUUAAGGGAAAGACAGUUCAAUGGAGAUUUUAUAUCAAAAGUUUCUGAUGCACUUUGGAGAAGGGAUGGAUUGAAUUUUGUUGAUGCACAGGCUAAUGUAGUGGAUGAAAUUACUCAGCCAUUUGAGGACUCGGACAAUGAGAAUCCAGGUGGGUUUUUGAAGCUGUCUAAAACACAGGAAUGGGUUUCUGGCAAUGACACCCCUCCAUUGAAUAAGAAAAUGGCUGCCAAGGAGUGGCAGAAUGAUAGCGAAAGAAGGAAGAGAAUAAACCUUCUCAAAUACGAUGCACUUAAGAGGGAAUUGUUGCUUUUAACCACGGGUAUUGGAACUGCUUGCACCGGAUAUUGUUUGGUAACCUUAUCAGUUCAGGCUGGUGUUAGUUAUGCAGCAGGUGUCCUUUUCAGUUGUUUGUAUCUUCAGCUCCUGUAUCACCACGCGGACAACCUAUCCAAGGAAGCAGUUCCUCAGAUUUUCAUGCAGAAGAAAUUGAAAAAGAUUGGGAUAAGGAGCGAGGACCUGAGGAACGCAUUUGAAAAGACAGUGAAUGGUAGUAUUGUUGCCCUUUCAUCGCCGAGACUCGUAAUUCCUGCAGCAAUAUAUGGGUUUUGGGGACUGUCACACAAUUUCACUGCCUUUGAUUUCCAGCUUGUACCAGCAAUGGUGGGAAUGUUUGCAUACAAAGCUGCUUGUCUAGUUCAAGUUUACAGAGACAAUGAGGACCUGAGAUUUAUAUUUCCCGAGAGCGAGGACAGUGUAAGUAACUGAAACAGCUUUUCUUCAACCCCAUGAAAGGUCCUAAGCUAGCUCUUCAAAAGUGGCAAGUCAUGUCUUGCAGGAAAAUUGCUUUUGUUAUAUAUCUCUGAAUGUGGAUUCCUUGUCUGUCUCCACAUUCGAAUCUGCAAAUGCGUUGUGGCAGAAGUGGUCUAGAUCAAAUGAAAGAGAAAAAGAAUCAGAAAUUUUGAAAAGAA